AUGUCCUCCUUUGCUCGGUCUGCCAAGGAUUCAGAGGCAGACUACGACGGGGAACAUGGAGUAAUUGUCAAUGGAGUGUCCAAGUUUGGAAUGAAGGACAGUCUUUCCUUCCAGUGCCUUAGCAGUGCUGUGAGAGGAAUGACUUUGACAUUGGCUAGGGAAAUGGCACCAAUGGCUAUCCGAGUUGUCACUGUUGUGUUGGGUUUAGUCGUCAAAUAUUCUGUAGGGGAUUUAGUGACGGAUUCUGAGACUGAUUAUCUGUUAAGAGCAGUCGAUUCUGUCGUGUCUAAUGUGUCUUUUCUACAGAACAAAGUGCACUACGAAGAUGUUGCUAAUUGCAUUAAUUCUAUCUUGACUAACAGUAUGAUUAAUGCUACUGAAAUUACACUUGAAAAUGUUAAUAAUGCUUAA